AUGCCAUCGUCGGUGAAAAAUCGAACAGCACGUGGCCCGGAUGGAAUAAGAUCACAACACCUGAAGAGCCUUCCGCCAGUCCCCGUAAACACACUGGCUCGUCUCUUCACACGUUACUUAUCUGAAUUCGAGGUUCCCAUUCAAUGGAAGAUCAGCAGGACCGUGUUAUUGUUCAAAAAGAGUGACCUACACGACAUCGGCAACUAUCGCCCAAUCUGCUUGCUAUCUGUCGUCUACAAACUUUUCACUCGAGUCAUCAUAAACAGGAUUGACGGAACACUGGACGAGGAACAGCAAUGUGAGCAAGCAGGGUUUCAAAAAGGACUUAGUAGAUGGAGUGCAUCCACACGUUAA